CGCCACCGAGCAUAAGAUGAGAGGCGCUUGUUCGGGAAGGAGCCCGUUUCUCAGUCUCUCUCUCGUUCGGUGAUGUGCCCUCUUUCCCCGAGCCACCCUUGACCUGACUCGGCCCUCGACCGACGCUCCAUCCGAGAUGUGGCCGACGUGGUUGGCCGGUCUGGUGGCGAGCGUGGUGCUGCAGGUGGCGUCCGGCGAGCUGCGUCCCGAGGAGCGCUCGUCGCUGCACAACGCGACGCUGCUGCAGCGGACGCCGUUGUCGCGCGACUCGUGCGAAAACGCGCGGCUCAAGUGCGCGUACCGCUCGGGCUGCGGCCAGGCGCUGCAGAACUACAUGAUGGGCUGCUCGUUCAUGCUGGACAGCGGCCCCGCGGUGCUCAACUACUGUCCCGAGCCCUGCCAACAUGCACUCAUCGCCCUCACCUCCACUGAGGAGGGCAAAAACCUCAUGAAUUGUCGUUGCACGGAUGAAAGUUGCGAAGAGCAGAAGCGGCGGGUGGAGGUUUGCCGUCCGCAGGUGGAGGAGGCGACGCGGGACGGCGCGGACGUGGCGUGCAUCGUGGCCGAGUGGAUCUGCGCGGCGGACCCGCUGUGCUCGACGGCGCUCGAAUUCUACCACCGGCUGUGCAAGGCCAUGUUCCAGGGCAAGAAGUGCAACCACCGGUGCAACAACUCGCUGUCCAUCCUGCUGCGGCAGGAAAAGGCGGCCAAGUUGGCCACCUGCCGCUGCGACGGCCGCGAGAACUACGACUGCCAAAGAAUGCGCGACAACAUGUCCCGACUGUGUCUCCACAAACUCCCCUCCACGCCCCUCCCGCCGCCCAGUCUGGACACCAACGAGGUCUUCUCGGCUGCAACCCCCAACGUCCCACCCUGCUGGACGCUCCUCACGGCGGCAGUGCUGCUCGCCCGCCUCCUGUCCAGAUCUUUGCUCGCCCAGGACACAUGAUCCUGGUGAGAUGGUGCUGUGCUUAGAACUUCCCAACCUACCUCGCCCCAAAAGUGAAGCCCCUUCUUGCCCCUGGAAGCAGCAGUGCCAGCAAAACACAACCUGAAAUUAAGGUUGUGCCCUUUCCUCUCCCUGUCAUCAAUACUCAGGACCCGAUCUUUUUUAAAUCGAUCGUCGACAUGAAAUCAGCCACGUGUCCUUUUAUCGUGUGAUUGUGAUAUCUAUCAUUUAUAUGAGUUUAAUUUUAAUAAGUUGUAGCAAUUGAAGAUUCCAUUUUAUUUUGCGCGCGCACAACGAGAGUAAUUAUUAUAACCAAAUUAUGAAAUAUAUAUUAGUUUUAUUUUAUCGAUUUGUUCAAUGUUGUUUUUGUUUAGAAAAUUAAAAUUAAAAAAAAAACUGCAGUGCGUGUGCUGUUGAGAAAAUCGUUUCUGCGUGAGUUUAAUUUAUUUGAGUGCGUGUGAAUUGUAUCCAAUUAAUGGAAAAAGCCAACAUGAAGUCUUUAGUACAAAGUAGAGUUUAAUUUUUGUCUGUAUUCGGAUUGAAUUCUCUUGCUCAACAACCAGGAGAAAUUACGAGAAAUUAAUUCUGUUUCCCUUAAUUUAAGCCAGACCUGAAACUCAAUACUCAAAAUGUAUUUCUUAAUUUUUGAAAAUGAUAAUAAUAAUUAUUAUUAUAUACGCGGAAUUAGAGAAAAAAAAAUAUAUGUGAUCUAGUUUGGAAAACGUUUUCUGGCGCUGAACUGAGAGGAAUUCAAAAGGUGCCACGAUUUGUAUGUGAAAAUUAUUUGGAAGAAAAUAUGUAAUAGAAAUGUGAGCUGAGUUUAUAGUUGUAUACGCGUUAAUUUUCGAAAUCUGUAAAUAUUCCGAGGUGCUAAAAUGCACGAAAUAUUUUUAUACUUUUCUCAAGUGAGUCUCGAAUAAAGUGGAGCGAUCAACGAUUAAUU